AUGACCAAGUUCAAUUUAUACUCACAACUUGAAAUUAUACAGACAACCAAGCCCCUCGAGGGUAAAAUUAUAGUCAACCCGGAUGCAGAGGAGCAAAAAUCCUCCGUCCAGGGUUCAGUCAUGGCAGUCGGUCGCGGCAAGACCCUCGAAGAUGGAAGUGUUAGUGAAAUGGAGAUCAAGCCAGUACGCUGGGACUAA